AUGAAAUUAGGGCAUAUGUUUGCGAGAACGGAGACCCUCGUCCGAUCAGCAAUUCAGAGCAUCAAGCUCAAGGCAUACUGUGACUAUGCUUAUACGUUCAUAUCUUUUUACGAGGAUACCCGACAGAAGAAUGUUUCGACUGGUCUGUUUAACGAUCCAGGACAAGAUCUUGAUCAAUUGUACGAUAUGGACGACAAAGGAGAUGUGCAUCUUGUUCAACGCGAGCAACGAUCUGAAUCGAAGCGGACCCAAGUAUGGUAUGGGUCUAUUGGGUCUGGGAUGCAGUCAACCAAGAGCAUCCAGCAACGAAACGAGGUGAGGGACCAGUACGGUGUCAUUGGGCUAGAAAACAAAGCUGCUGCGAUAAUAGACUGCAUCCCAGUGGGAGUGAUACAUGGAGUGUGCGAUUAUGGCGACGAGCGUCAAAAUAAAGAAUGGCAACCAUAUGCUGCGGCGAUGUCAGCAGCAUACGCCAAAGCAGUGUUGCAUGAGAUUCGACCAAGAAAUCAAACAUAUGGACCCGCAAAAAUACCAGCGAGUAAGUAUUAA